AUGCGACUCCUACUAUUCGGCGGCUCGGGGGCGAUGGGCGUGCUGCUCGCGCGGCGCUUCCUGGCCGCAUACCCGCAAUGCACGCUCAUCCUGUACGUGCGCGACAAACUGAAGCUCGCGGCGGACCUCGUGGGCGCGCGCACGGUGGUCAUCGUCGAGGGCGAGCUGAAUGCGAUCGACAAGCUCUCGCAGGCGAUGGAGGGCGUGCACGCAGUGAUCAGCGCGCUCGGGCCGACGGGGCGCAAGGGCCCGUUCUACCCCGCCGGCACGCCCAUCGCGGUCGCCUACGGGUUCAUCAUCCUGGCGAUGAAGAAGCACGACGUACGCCGGCUGAUCGUGCUCACGACGCCGACCGUGCGCGAUGACGAAGACGGGUUCUCGCUGCCCCUUGUGUUUUUGCGGAAGACGUUUGCGACGAUCGCGCGUAAUGUGGUGAAGGAUAUCGAGGCGGUCGGCAAGGUCGUGCGAGAGACGGAUCUGGACUGGACGCUCAUACGCUUGGCGCUACAUUCCGACGAUGGCGGCGGUGGCGAGCACGAGAUUGUGGCGGGCUACAUGGGAGACGGGAGGAUCAAACCUGUUUCUUCGAGGGCGGGAGCUGCGACAUUCAUCAUCGACGAGCUGGAGCGGCGAGAGUGGAUCAGGAAAGCCCCGAUACUGAGCAACUGA